UUUCCUUCCUGAAUCUUCUAAAAUGCAGACUUAUUUAGCUUGCAUAUUUUUGUUCACUUGCUUUCCUUGCUAUCUGGGAACUUCACUGUUUUUGGAUAAUCAUUGUGGGUAUUUAAAUGUAGGCAAAGUUGUCAAUGGACAGAAUGCAAAUCAAGAAUACGCUGCUUGGAUGACAGCUAUAAGAAAUGAGACCGAAUUUCUUUGCGGAGGCACGCUGAUUCACAAUCGUUUUGUUUUAACUGCCGCCCAUUGCACGCACAAACAAGAAAAUUUAUUUGUAAGUUUGGGAGCAUACAACAAAAGUGAUCCUCUCCUUAAGUACGAAGUCACUGCUGCAAUAGUACACCGUUUGUGGUCCAUACACAAGUAUCAGCAUGAUAUAUGCUUGCUGAAAUUAUCAGAAAGUGUCGAGUACAAAGCCAGUGUUCUUCCGAUCUGUAUAAUUGUGGAUAAGAAUAGGAGUUCUCUUCCGGCAAGGUUUAAAACCUUUGGCUGGGGAGUAACAAGUGACGGCAUGGAUUCGGAUAUACUUCAAACAAUCACACUUAACCAUUUAAAUGAAACCAAGUGCAAAAGUCGCUUGGGUGUGACUCUCAGUUCGGACCAGAUAUGUGCAGCUACCUAUAACAGCGACACCUGCAAAGGCGAUUCCGGAGGUCCAUUAAGUACCACUCUGGUCGUUGAUGGCAUAGGCCGCGAAACUCAGGUCGGUAUCGUAAGCUUUGGCCUAAACACUUGCAAUGGACCGGGAGUGUAUACCAAUGUGGCUAGUUAUGUGGACUGGAUACAGGAAAACAUAAACGCCCAUGAUGAUUCUAAUAAGCCACAGCUCACAAACCCACAUCAAUUUCCGCCUGCAAUAAUUCAAGACAUGUGGUUGCAUGGGGACUGCGGGGGCGAAACCAUGGCAUCAAUUUUACGGGCCGAAAUUUUUGGACUUACUUUUAGGGCCCAGGGAGUGCUGAUCACAGACCGUUUUGUCAUAACAGUUGUCAGAGACUUACAGGAAAACGCUGCUGCGCUAGAAGUUGAUGUAGUCGGAAAAGGACGGUCCUAUGGUGAAUACAGAGUUGACUCAGUCCUUAAGCACAGCAUAGACGAUAUAGCUUUGCUAAAACUUAAUCGACCUGUGACGCCACCAGAUGGAAUAAAACCAAUCUGUAUGCUUUCAAACAUACAACUCCAACGUAAUGGCGAACCUAAUUCGGCCCUUUUUGUAUUAGACAACGUGCGAAUUUCCGCUGUUAACGUUGAAUUUGUUAAUCCCCUUGAGUGUCCAUUGAGGACAAUCAAUACGAAUGAAAUUUGUGCGAAAACUCCUUCUGGAAUGAGCCAUACAUUUUUAAAGCCUGGCGACAUAUUGGGACAAAGGGUUAUGAUUUCGGAAAAAGAACGGUUCGUUUUAUUUGGUUUGGUAAGCUAUUCAUAUAAUGGGUGCCACAUUCUUACAAAUGUUAUGAGACAAACUGAGUUGAUCGCAAAUGCCUUGAAAAAAUAUCAGGCUAAGCAACCAACUAGAAUGGCUUUGCCAAGGUUUUAAAUUGCGAAUAUAACUAUAAAAUAAUUAUAAAAAUAAAAUAUAAAAUUUUUCAUUUGUGUAUGAGAGGUAGUCUUUGAAAUUUAUUUGAAGGUUGUUGCUUGUAUCCCACAAAAAAUGGUUUAAAACGUGUUAU